AUGGGCGCUCCCCCACAGGGGCCGGGGCCAGGUCCAGGCCAAGCUGUGCGAGCACCUGUUGGUGGGCAGAUGGGAGAGAUGAGUGGCCAGAUGGGCCCGGGCCAGAUGGGCCCCGGCCCAAUGGGCCCUGGUGCGAUGGGUCCUGGCCAGAUGGGUCCUGGCCAGAUGGGUCCAGGCCAGAUGGGUCCGGGCCAGAUGGCUGGCCAGAUAGGAGGACAGAUAGGAGGCCAGAUGGCGCCUGGAAACUUUCCGCCACCAGCCGUAAACAACUACGACGACGACAUCGAAAACGAGCCGCCCCUCCUCGAGGAGCUCGGCAUCAACGUUGAGCAUAUCCUCCUUAGAAUGCAGGGGGUAGCCUUUUUCAAAAAGCUGGACGAGGAAAUUCUCAAGGACGCUGACCUGAGCGGACCCUUGCUCAUUUGCCUAACAUUGGGCAUGGCACUCCUGCUUGUGGGCAAGCUUCAGUUCGGGUAUGUCUACGGUUUGAUUGCUGGGGGCUCCUUCGGCAUUUGCUGCCUCAUAAAUGUGAUGAGCCAGAAGGAAGGCAUCGACCUCUACAGAACAAUUAGCAUCCUUGGAUAUGGGCUAAUACCGAUUGUUUUCCUCGCGCUCUUCGGAAUUCUGGUUUCCCUGAAGUCCACCUUUGGUUCCAUCAUGGCCGCAGUCUGCAUAGCAUGGGCAACUGCGUCGUCCUCGAGAUUCUUCGCGAUUGCGAUACAUAUGCAGGACCAGAGGUGGCUGGUCGCUUAUCCUGUUGGUUUGGUGUACACGUUCUUCACUCUGAUCACCAUUUUUUGA